AAAAAAGAAAGAAAGAAAGAAAAGGUUUCAAGCUUAUCAAUCUUUCAACUGUCCUCUCCUUAUUGCCAAAAAAAAGAAAGUAAACAUCAUCAUCAUCCAUGGUCUUUCUUGAUGUGUAAGAGCGGGUGUUGAAUUUGUUCCUCUUUGGUGGGUAAAAGAAUUCACCCUCUUCUUUUUUCCCUUUCUUUUCUUUUCUUUUCUUUUCUUUUGAUUCAUACAAACCAUGAAUACAACAUCCGAAGAAAACGAACAAUUACAACAAGAAGAGCGGAUGGCGGUGUGUGCCAUCUAUGGGGAUGAUAUCUUACAGUUGGAUCAAGGCAACAGUUCAGCGGAUCAGGCAGUGUACAGUCUUACAUUGAAUAUCGAUCAAGAUGAUCCUAAUAUUGUGUCUCCUCGCGUAUUUGUACUUCGUCUCUUUUUUCCAAGCACCUAUCCUAGUGUGGAUAUGCCUGUGUUUGAAGUGGCUACUCGGUACUGUGGUUCUCAUAAAGUAGACAGUGACAUGGUGGACACCAUCGAACAAGGAUUACGCGCAUUGUUUGAACCUGGUCAAGUUAUCUUGUUUGAAUGGAUCCAAUGGUUACGUGAUUAUAUUCAAGACAAUAUUACUCCUUCUUACGUCCCAUUGCCUACCCCUCAAGAAGACAACACCAAUAACAAAAACGACAACAAAAAUGAAAACCCUUCUUCGUUGCCAACCGACCCUGUUCCAUCCAUCUUUUCUAGUGAACCCCUCGUCGACCGAAAAUCAACCUUUGUUGCUCACGUGGCUCAUGUCAAGACAGCUCAUCAAGUCCAACAAGUCGUGCACACUUUAUUACAAAACAACAAGAUCGCUCGUGCAACUCAUAAUAUCAUGGCUUAUCGAAUCCAAUUGGAAGGUGAUCAAAUAUUACAAGAUAAUGAUGAUGAUGGUGAAACGGCUGCUGGCGGUCGUCUGAUGCAUUUAUUACAAAUUUUGGAUGUCAAAGAUGUCGUCGUAGUAGUCAGUCGAUGGUUUGGUGGUAUACUUCUUGGAGCUGAUCGUUUUAAGGAUAUCAACAAUUGCGCUAGGAAGGCCUUGGAAGAUUGUGGUUAUGUCAAGAUGGACCAAAACAAGAAAAAAGGAAAAAAAUAGUAUAUAUAUAUAUAGUUUACCCCACUUUUUUUUUUUUUACCAUUUUUUUUUU